CGGCGGCUCGGGGCCGGCCUCCGCCGGGAGCCGGCCUCCGCCCGGGCCCCGGUGCUCACGGCGGCGGUCCUCCGGGCGCCUUUCCCAUGCUGCACCGCGGCGCGGCGGCGCUCUGUCGCUGUCACCGCCAGCAGGAGGCUGAGGGGGAAGGCGCCGAUCGCGCCGCCGGAGCCGGAGCGGGAGCAGGAAGGGGCCGGAGCCGCCGCCGCCGCCAACUUCCCCUCGGCCUCCCCGCCGCCUCCCCGCGCCCCGCCAUGCCCGGGGCCUCCGCGCGGCCGCUCUGAGCCGCCCCCAGCCGCCGCCGCCGCCGCCCCGGCCCCGGCUCCGGCCCCGGCCCGGCCCCGGCCCGCCUUCUCCUCGCAGCCCCGCGGCCGGUUAUUGCACUUAAGAAUGAACAUUGAAGACAAGCUGGGAGGAUUAUUUCUUAAAUGUGGUGGCAUAGACCAAAUGCAGUCAUCCAGGGCUAUGGUAGGGAUGGGUGCAGUAUCUGACCAGUCCGGAGUAUCGGGAGAUCGGCAAGAGGCAGUGCUUCAAGAUCGGACUAUGGCGCACCAAGAAAUUCUUGCGACAGACGAAGUGUUACAGGAGAGUGAACUUCGACAGCAAGAGAUGAUUUCACAUGAUGAACUCAUGGUCCAUGAGGAGACGGUAAAAAAUGAUGAUGACAUGGAUGCGCAAGAUAGACUUCCUCAAGGGCUGCAGUAUGCUGUUAAUGUCCCUAUCCUUACAAUAAAUGAGGAUGGAUCACUUGGUCUGAAAACCCACAAAUCUCAUGUUUGUGAGCAUUGCAAUGCUGCCUUUAGAACCAACUACCAUUUACAGAGACAUGUCUUCAUUCAUACAGGUGAAAAACCAUUUCAGUGCAGUCAGUGCGACAUGCGUUUCAUACAGAAGUACCUGCUACAGAGGCAUGAGAAGAUUCAUACUGGUGAGAAGCCAUUUCGUUGUGAUGAAUGUGGUAUGAGGUUUAUUCAGAAGUAUCACAUGGAAAGGCACAAAAGAACUCACAGUGGAGAGAAGCCUUACCAGUGUGAAUAUUGUUUGCAGUAUUUCUCCAGAACUGAUCGUGUGCUGAAACAUAAACGUAUGUGCCAUGAGAACCGUGACAAGAAACCGAACAGAAGUGCCACCAAAGUUGGCUUUUUGCCAUCGGAGGAAGAUUCUGGUUUCUCUACGCCUAUGAAAGACAGCUCCUUGCCAAAGAAGAAAAGGCAGAAAACAGAGAAAACAAAAUCUGGAGAUAAGGACAGUACAGAUAAAUCCGAACAGAAGAAGGACAAAAAUGACUACUUGCCUUUGUACUCUGCUAGUACAAAAGUAAAAGAUGAAUAUAUGGUAGCGGAAUAUGCUGUUGAGAUGCCCCAUUCUUCUGUCAGCGGGACGCACUUAGAAGAAGCAAAUUCUGGAGAAAUACACCCACCCAAGCUUGUUCUCAAAAAAGUUAACAGCAAAAGAAGUCUGAAACAGCCACUUGAGCAAAGUCAAACCAUUUCACCUUUAUCUACAUAUGAAGACAGCAAGGUUUCAAAGUAUGCCUUUGAUCUUGUGGAUAAACAGAGUUUACUGGACUCUGAAGGUAAUGCUGACAUUGAUCAAGUUGACACAUUACAAGAAGGGCCCAGUAAACCUGUACACAGCAGCACUAAUUACGAUGAUGCAAUGCAGUUUUUAAAGAAAAAGAGGUAUCUACAAGCAGCUAGUAACAGCAGUAGAGAGUAUGCCUUGAAUGUAAGUACCAUAGCAUCUCAGCCUUCGGUAACACAGGCGGCUGUGGCAAGCGUCAUCGAUGAAACUGCUACAGCCUCCAUAUUAGACACGCAGGCACUGAAUGUUGAAAUUAAAGGUAGCCAUGACAAAAAUGUCAUUCCGGAUGAGGUACUGCAAACUCUGUUAGAUCAUUAUUCACACAAGGCUAACGGACAGCAUGAGAUAUCCUUCAGUGUGGCCGACACUGAGGUGACCUCCAGUAUAUCAAUCAAUUCGUCAGAAGUGUCUGAGGUCACCCAAUCUGAGACAGUUGGAACAAGCUCUCAGGCUUCCUCAUCAGAUAAAGCUAGUAUGUUACAGGAAUAUUCAAAGUUUUUACAACAAGCUUUGGACAGAACUAGCCAAAAUGAUGCCUAUUUGAACAACCCGAGCCUUAAUUUUGUGACUGAUAACCAGACUCUUACAACCCAGCCAGCAUUUCCUUCCAUAGAGAAGCAGGUCUACACGUCUAUCCCUGUCAAUAGCUUUCGAUCGGGAAUGAACUCUCCAUUAAGAACAACUCCAGACAAGUCUCAUUUUGGACUAAUGGUUGGUGAUUCGCAGCACCCCUUUCCCUUUUCAGGUGAUGAGGCAAAUCAUUCUUCUUCCUCCUCUACCCAGGACUUCUUGGAUCAAGUAACUUCUCAGAAGAAAGCAGAGGCACAGCCUGUUCAUCAAGCAUAUCAAAUUAGCUCCUUUGAGCAGCCCUUCAGAGCUCAGUACCAUGGGGCAAGAGCUGGAAUAUCAUCUCAGUUUAGCACUGCCAAUGGACAGGUGAACCUUCGGGGACCAGGGACAAGUGCUGAUUUCCCAGAAUUUCCCUUGGUGAAUGUAAAUGAUACCAGAGCUGGGAUGACUUCUUCACCUGAUGCCACAACAGGCCAGACUUUUGGCUAAGAAAUCUUUGUAAAUAAUACUGGCACUUUAGAACACAUUUGUCAAAAGUGGGUUGCUCUGUAUAAGAUGGAGUUCUGUACAGCUUUUAAGAGCGCUAUGUUAAAACAAAAGUAAGCUGAUAUUAGCAAGACCAAUAACUGCUUUUUCUUUCUUUCUUUUUUUUUUUUUUUUAAUGUUUAGUCACCAGUCAUUGAUCUGCCUGAUAUUGUUGCCCCUAUCAAAGGCAGGUUAUUAUUCACUUGUUUGAAUCCAGUAAUUAUUUUACCUUUUAUGAAAUUUAAAAUAAACAAAAUCCCCAGGUAAGACUUUCCCCCAUGAUUGCUUCCUUACUGGUUUCCUUGUAUACUUUGGGAGGACAGUUUAUUGUCUGAUACUAUUCAUAUUGUCAUUUUUAAGCUUGUCAGUGUAGUCAUUGCUCUUCAGCAGGGAAUCAACGUGUAUUAAACACACAGAAUAAACUAUAAGUUUCAAAGUCAAGUAAAUAAGGCUUUAAAAGAUGGCAUUUUCUAGAAAAAUAAUCUUUCUUCCAACUCUCGUAAAAAAUAAUUUUAGACUAUAUGCCCUGUUUCUGCUUUGCAUUACCUGAGUUGUGUUUGGAGGAAAAGAAAAAACAAAACAAAACAAAAAACAAAUUCUGGUAGACUAACUCUACUAUUUAAAAGUCUAAUUAAUUUAAAAUUCUUUAAACACUUUUUAAAGCAAAAUACAUAACUGCUAAUGCCUUUACUUCAUUACUGAAGUAAUGUGUAUUUCUUUGUACAGCUGAAUCUAGAUGUAACUUUUUAAUGACUUUUUCAUAUGCAGAUAUCAAGAUUUUGAAGUUUUAGUUAAAAUACUCUGUAGAUGACAUUCCCGAUUACAUAAUGCUUACACAAACUGUGUUCCAAAAUUUCAAAGUUUAAUUGUACCUUACCCUACAUAUUCGUAAUGAUUAACAUAGAGCACUUAGUUUAUUUGAUAGAUUUGAUUUCUCAAAAAAUAAAACCAUUUUAGAUUUUUAGGUUUGAUAUGGUUGCAUCAUUUUCAUCUCAUACAACUCCAGUGAUUACUUUCAGCAUACAUUGAAAUCGAAUAUUCUGAGCUUCUGUAAAAACAGUUUUAAUUCUUUGUCUAGAAUUUUGACAGUUCAGCUCAUUAAAUUUAUCAAAGUAUCCCCAAAAGCUGAAGAAGUGGGCAUUCAAAUUCCAUAUAUCUUUUUCGAGUUUGCUUGGUGAAAGUCAUUACCAUUUUACCAACCAAAACCAUUGGAUAAUAUUAGUGAACAGGAUUUCUUUUCAGCAUAGAUGAGUGAUCAGAAGUUUUCAUUGCAUUUCACAAUAUAAAUAAAACUACAAAGUUUAUCCCUGUACCAUGAAUAUGUUUUUUUGAAUAGUACUUUGUCUUGAUGUAUGCAGUAUGGUACGAUAAGUAGUUCUGUGUGCAUUUUUAAGGUGGUAAGAUUUGAGUAGCAUAACUAUUGUGUAGUUUAAGUUAACAAUUUACAGAUUUUUGAACUGUAUGUUCAUUAUAUUGCACCUUCCCUAAAGGGACACUGUCUGGUAGUUUAAGGCAGUUUAAGCCUAAUGUAGGCUGAUUAACCAGGGAAAAACGCACUCACACACAACACACGUGUGUGUGUGUGUAUAUAUAUAUAUGUAUGUAUGUAUAUGUAUUUUUUAUAGGAUUGCAUACAUUCUUUUACAGCACUAUUGCUAGCUGAUAUUUUCAGAUGAAGCCAUCAGCUAUGAGAAAAGGCUGCACCUCAAGGCGCUAAGAUAACACGCUGUCUUUUGAAGGGACUUGAGCAGGACACACGAGAGUCCCCACCUCUUCCCAAAACAUAGCAACAUUUUUCUUAACUUUUAUUACUAGGAAGCCGAUUUCCCUCUCUCUCUUUUCCCUUACAGUAUCGCUAUUAAAGCACUAACUUUGCUUGGUACAGUUCAGGGAGAAAGCGUGUUUGUAACCCACAGCUUGCUUCCUACAUGGACAGGAAAUACAAUUUAUGUAAACUUCUCACUUAAUACUUUUGUAUAAGGAAACAGAUUAUGUUUUGAUUCAUUGACCCUGUGUAUGAUAUAAGGAAGGUGUUUCUGCAUGUUAUCACUUACCAGUAAUUUGGUCUGAAUAUUUGGCCCAGAGUUAAGAAGAAUUGAGCAUCAAGGGAGAAUAGUUAAUUCCUUAUGGAUUAUUAAUGAUACAUGUAAAGAAAUUUAUUUGAAAGAAUAUUUUCAAUUUGUUCCAUGUCUCUGUUUUUCUUCCUUUAUGAUCAGUUUGGGUUUUUUGACUUUCCGUUCUACUUUGCAUAGACACAAUAAAUAUGGCCCCUAUUCCCCAGGAAGCCACCUCUUGUUACGCAUGUUUCGUUUUCAUUGUUUCAUUUCCAUGACAUCUUAGCUUGUGCUGCCUGAAUAAUAAUACUGUGUUGACAUCUUUGUUCUAGUGCCCUGUUGUUGCAAGUAGGUGACCAUUAAUAGUACUAUUUGUUAAAUAUAACAAGCAGCAAAUGCCAAAAGAAGAAGAAAAAAAGCAGGAUUAUUACUGCAUUAGCCUGUUCCAACAGAGAGGUAAAAGGAACAAAAAGCCUGCUUCUCCCUAAGCAGACUGACUCAGCUUUAUUAAAAAAAAAGAAAAAAAAGUUAUUGCAUUGAUCCUCUGCUGUGAAAAAGUGAUUGAGGAGUAGCAGGGAGUAACUAUCGCUCCAUGCCAUCUUCACACUUACGGAUUGCUGCUUGGGUACGUGAGUAAGCUCUUGUACGGAGGGAAGGAACUCGCUCUUCCCCAGAGCAAAAGGGGAAUCGUCUGAGAAAAUGUUACUCCUUAUGUCGCAGUUCAUUCUCUAGUCUGCUGCUGAGCCAUUACAGCUAUCCUCUGUGCCUUAGGACAGAUUGUGAAGUCCCAGCCUAGCCCACAGGGACUAUCUUGUAGGAUUCUCGCACAUGUACAAUUAAAGAGGUGGUGUGAAUACUUGAUCCGCUGAUGCUUGAAGCUUUCUGUGAUGGAGGAGCUAACCAAAAAUACUGCUAUAAUUUCCUGAGUACAUGGCCUUUUAUUCUGGAAAAACUGUAUGUAGUUCUGGAAGGUUUCUCUGUGUGAAAAGCUCUUGCUUUUUUAAUAAUUACAUUAUUUAAUAACAUUUUCUACUGCUCUUAUUUUGCUGCUUCUAAUCUGCUACAGAUGCACAUUCUCUGUUUUGACCUGGUCAGUGUUUGUUAGUUUUCCAUGUAUGU